UACUAAGGGAUAGAGCUGUGGUGAAAAUGGACUUUUCGGUCGAAGCAUGUUAGGAGAAUUUACGCAGUAGGUUAUGAGAAUGAACCUAACAGGUUUUGGGAGAAUUGGGUUAAGGUCAGGAAAAGAGUUAGCUUAAGCUAAAAUGCACCAAAAAAAAUCGACUUUGACGUCAAUUGGACAAAAACUGUAUCCCAUCUAGACAUGACCCCAGUUCGGUUAUAAAACAGAUAAGGCAAAGGUUUAGAAACUCUAUGGAUAAGCUACUGCACUCAGGCAAACGAGAGGGGACUGGGUCCUUUUCUCACCAGAAAGUGGUGUGUCGUCAUCACCCUGCUCCUCCUUUCCAGUUUGUGUUGGUGAAACGUGGAGGUCCGCAACGUGGCUUGGAAAAACAUUCUGCAAAUCUCACUACAACACCCACACCAUUUAUAAUGGAGUACAUGCAAGCACCUGCUACAAGCAGCCAGGGGAACAUCCUGUGCUGCACCUGUGGCAUCCCCAUCCCCCCAAACCCAGCCAACAUGUGUGUGUCUUGCCUCCGGACCACAGUGGAUAUCUCCGAGGGAAUCCCCAAGCAAGUCAAUCUGCACUUCUGCAAGCAGUGUGAACGGUACUUGCAGCCUCCAGCCUCCUGGGUGCAGUGUGCUCUGGAGUCCAGGGAACUGCUCGCCCUCUGCCUUAAAAAACUGAAGGGCAACAUGACCAAAGUGCGUCUGAUCGAUGCUGGAUUCCUGUGGACGGAACCCCACUCCAAGCGGAUCAAGUUGAAGGUGACCAUACAGAAAGAGGUGAUGAACGGAGCCAUCCUGCAGCAGGUGUUUGUGGUGGAGUUUGUCAUCCAGGGCCAGAUGUGUGACGACUGCCACCGUGUCGAGGCCAAGGACUUCUGGAACUCUGUGGUGCAAGUCAGACAGAAGACUUCUCACAAGAAGACCUUCUACUACCUGGAGCAGCUGAUUCUCAAGCACAAACUCCAUCAGAAUGCACUCAACAUCAAGGAGAUCCAUGAGGGUAUUGAUUUCUACUAUGCCACCAAGCAGCAUGCUCAGAAGAUGGUGGAUUUCCUCCAGUGCACAGUCCCCUGCAGGUCGAAGACCUCCCAGCGCCUCAUCUCCCACGACAUCCACUCAAACACAUUCAACUACAAGAGCACCUACUCCAUUGAGAUUGUUCCUGUUUGCAAGGACAACGUGGUGUGUCUGUCGCCACGUCUGGCUCAGAGCCUGGGGAACAUGGGCCAGGUGUGUGUGUGCGCCCGAGUCACCAGCACCAUCCACCUCAUUGACCCCAACACCCUGCAGAUCGCUGAGGUGGACGGGGGCACAUACUGGCGCAACCCCUUCAACAGCCUUGUUAGCCCACGGCAACUGGAGGAGUUCAUCGUCAUGGAUACUGACAUCAUCAGGAACCAGAAGCUGGGGGCGGGAGCAGGCAUAAGGUCCAAUAAGCACACCCUGGCUGAGGUGUGGGUGCAGAAAACCUCAGAGAUGGACACGGCUCAGCAGUACCACUGUCGCACCCACCUGGGCCACCUGCUCAACAUAGGAGACCUGGUUCAGGGCUUUGACUUUGCCAAUUCCAACGUUAAUGAUGAGUUUCUGAACAAGAUGAACCCGAGUCAUAUUCCUGACGUGGUGCUAAUCAAGAAGAGCUACAACCGCAGCAAGAGGGUGAAGCGCAGGAACUGGAAGCUGAAAGAGAUGGACAAAGAUAGAGAGGGCAUGGCGCCUGAAGACGAGAGACAAUACCAGGACUUCCUAGAGGACCUGGAGGAGGACGAAGCCCUGAGAAAGAACGUCAACAUCUUCCGAGAUGCGUCUAAGAUCCCAGUGGAGAGUGAUACGGAUGACGAGGGCGCCCCUCGGAUCUCUCUGAUGGAGAUGCUGGAGGACCUCAGCCUGACAGACGCCACCGGGGGAGAGGGAGCCGACAUGCUGACCGAAUAGACCAAUCACCAGCAUGCUUACAUCCACAUAAUGACUGUUCAGACCAAUCAGGGUCUUAACAACAUCAACAUGAUGUUUGACUAGACAAAUGGGCUCCAGGGUGGAGCAGCGGUCUAAGGCACUGCAUCUCAGUGCAGUGUUCGAAUCCAGGCUGUAUCACAACUGGUCGUGAUUUGGAGUUCUAUAGGGCGGCGCACAAUUGGCCCUGCGCCAUCCGGGUUUGGCCGUCAUUGUAAAUAAGAAUUUGUUCUUAACUGACUUGCCUAGUUAAAGGUUCAAUAAAAAUCCUACUAAUAACAUGAGUGAUUAGUAGUCCAAUAAGAAUGGCAAUGCGCUGUCAGCUACCAUUGCUUACAGUCUACCCCCAACAGAAGCCACUCAGAAUGCAGCAGAAGGGUCACUUCUGAGGAUGCUGAAUUAUUGAGUGGAUCCUGCCCUUUGUGUGACCCUUCCCUGUCUCCAUAUUAGAGGCAGUGGUUUGUGGUGAUGUACACCAAAUAAAAUAUAACCUGGUUACAA